AUGGGGUACUGUACCCCCAAAUGGGGUACGGAUGGGAGGCCUGCUUUGGGAUGGGAUGGACGACCAUAUCCGAAGAUAAUGGAAUCGCUUAUUUCCUAUGUUUUCGAUUGCGGUCAGAUUGCGACUCAGUUGCGCCGCAAUGAUCACAUUACCACCUAUUUCUAUUUCAACUCUUUUACACCUACUAUUACAACGAUAAUUGGUGAUGAAACCACCUAA